AUGACUGAUUCCAUGGCUAGUACAAAUGAAAGCAUGAUUUGGUGUGCUAAAACAGGUGAACUUCAAUCAUUAAAAACACUUCUUAAAGAACAUCCGGAAAAAGUGAAUGAACAAAUGAAUGGUCGAUCAUUAUUACACUAUGCAGCUGACGCAGGAAACUUCGAUGUAUUAAAAGAACUUGUUGAUAAUGGUGCUAACGUUAACAGUAAAGAUAAAUUUGGUUUAACACCACUUCUUGCUGCUAUAUAUGAAGAUCAUACUGAUUGUGUUAAAUAUCUUCUUGAACAGGUUUGA